ACUUUCAAUCAUCAUCAAAGUUCAACACUUUGCAGUGUUCAUGGAGUUCAUGUGGGUCUCUCUGAUUCUAGUCCUGACUCUGCUUGGUGGUCCUACACUCACACUCUCAGAUUCCUCUUUGAGUUCAAAUGGGCUCUCAGAAAUCCCCAGAAAGUUGCUAACUUUAGCUCAGAAACCUCAACUGUUUGAGUGGAUGGUGGGUAUCAGAAGGAAGAUACAUGAAAACCCAGAACUGGGUUAUGAGGAAUUUGAGACCAGUAAGCUGAUCAGAGCAGAAUUGGAUAAGAUGGGUAUUUCAUACAAGUACCCAGUUGCAGUUACUGGGGUUGUAGGCUCCAUUGGGACUGGAAAGCCUCCUUUUGUUGCAAUCAGAGCUGACAUGGAUGCUCUAGCUAUGCAGGAAAUGGUGGAGUGGGAGCACAAGAGUAAAAUCCCUGGGAAAAUGCAUGGAUGUGGGCAUGAUGGUCAUGUUGCAAUGCUUCUGGGUGCUGCAAAGAUCCUUAAAGAGCAUGAGAAAGAUAUACAGGGAACAAUUGUUCUUGUAUUUCAACCAGCAGAGGAAGGAGGAGGUGGAGCUAAGAAAAUAUUAGAUGCGGGAGCAUUGGAGAAUGUUACUGCUAUUUUUGGGUUGCAUGUUGCCCACCAUAUUCCUUUAGCUGAAGUAGCUUCUAGACCUGGUCCUUUUUUUGCUGGUAGUGGCUUCUUUGAAGCAAUAAUAAGCGGAAAAGGAGGUCAUGCUGCCCUUCCUCAUCAUGCGGUCGAUCCAAUACUGGCGGUUUCAAAUGUGGUUACUAGCUUACAACACAUUGUCUCACGUGAAGUGGAUCCACUCGACUCUCAGGUAGUGACAGUUGGAAAAGUUCAAGGAGGUGAAGCAUUCAAUGUCAUUCCAGAUUCUGUAACAAUUGGUGGCACUUUCCGUGCCUUUUCAAAGGAGAGCUUAAUGCAACUCAAACAGCGCAUAGAGAAGGUUAUAAUAGGGCAGGCUGCUGUACAAAGAUGCAAUGCAACAGUCAAUUUCUGUGAAGAUGAGAAACCUUUGUUCCCCCCGACAGUAAACCAUAAGGAAUUGCACACGCACUUCCAAAAUGUCGCAGGAGAUAUGCUUGGCGCACAUAAAGUCAAAAACCAUCCGCCAUUAAUGGGAUCCGAGGAUUUUGCAUAUUACCAAGAGGCAAUACCUGGAUUCUUCUUUUUCCUUGGAAUGAAGGAUGACCGACUUGGAUAUCUGGAUACACCCCACUCACCUUACUUCCGGAUCAAUGAGGAUGCACUUCCUUACGGUGCUGCACUUCAUGCUUCUUUAGCUUUUAGGUAUUUGAUUGAAACCCAACAGGAGGUUCCUUUGCCAGAACAGCAAAUUCGUGAUGAGUUAUGACCAGCUUACUGGUGAAUGCACGGUUAAUUCUACGAAGUCUUCAUGGACUCUGCAAUUUCAAAUUUAUGGUUCUACACACAAUGUUCAUUAGCGUACAUCAUUUGACAUGAAUUGUUAAAUGCAAUCAAUAGAAUGAAGCCGAUUGAAAAGAAUCAAUUAAGUUUACAGCCUUUGAUUAAUGACUGAGUAGUGACAUCUGCUGCUUCAACUGCUUGAUUUUGUAUAUUUGGGAGGUAUAGUUUUUCUGAGUUCUGAGAUUCUUUUUCUAUGUCAAAAGAAAAACAGUUUAACUCGG